AUGAAAUUUGUUCAGGGUACAUCAUCUUGUGAUGGUUUUGUUCGAGUAUUUAAUAUUGAUAAACAAACUUUAAUAAAACAAUUGAAUGUUAUUACGAAAUCAAAUGAUAUUGAAACUGCUUCAUCGUUAGUCAAGCUCGAUUGGGAUAAAACUGAUCAAAUAUUAUCUAUUCCAGUUAAAAAUACAAUUCAUUUUUAUGAAACUGAUAAAUGGACAAGAAAAAAAACAUAUGAAAAUGAUUCAAUUGAUCAAGUUAUUAAUUUAAUUAGUUAUUCACCAUGUCGAACAUUAUUUAUUGUGGCUUAUGUUAAUGGUCAAUUAUCAAUUGUUAAUCGUCUUACUUUUGAUAUUUGUAUGAAUUAUUCAUCAAAAGAUGCUGUUUGUUCAUUAUCAUGGAAUCCAACUCAACAAUAUAAAUUUAGUUGUUCUACAAUGGCUGUAAGUUAA